AUGCCUACCUCCAACUAUCAUCAAGUAUCAUCUCCUUCGUAUUUCCAGAACAUAUUAUCCGAAGACUUGGAACGAGUCUCUGUUUUGAAUUUCUGGGCAGAAUGGGCAGAGCCAUGCAAGCAGAUGAAUGCUGUGAUCCUUGAGCUUGCGAAAAAGUAUCCGACAAUUCUCUUCCUUGAUAUUGAGGCAGAAUCGCAGGAAGAUAUCUCAGAGUCGUUUUCUAUCGAAGCUGUACCGGUAUACAUUAUUCUCCGGGGACACACUCUUUUGAAGCGAAUAGACGGUGCAGAUGGUCCCACGUUGGCUUCUGCCGUUGCGAAAUAUGCCUCGACACCCCAAUCUUACACAGACAAAUCACCCCUUGCACCCGCAGCUGUGGAAAAUGACGCUGAAACUCAGGAAGAGCUCUACGCUCGUAUGCGCAAGAUCAUGAACCAAAGUAAAGUGGUUCUGUUCAUGAAGGGAAAUCCAGAAGUUCCGAGAUGCGGUUUUUCGAGGCGGAUGACUGUGCUGUUGAAGGAUCGUGGUAUUGAAUUCACUCAUUUUGAUAUAUUGUCGGAUGAGGAUGUUAGACAGGGCCUUAAAGUUGUGAAUAACUGGCCAACGUUCCCGCAACUCAUCAUCAAGGGUGAAUUCGUUGGCGGUUUAGACAUUGUACAGGAAAUGGCGGAUAAUGGAGAGUUGGAUGAAACACUUGCGUGA